UAAAUUGACACCCGGGCUGGGAGAGAGAGAUAUAGGAAGCAGCAUCCACUCGCUGCUGCUUCACUCGCUCCAACUCCCUGCCCCUGAGACACACGCAGCCGGCCUCACGGGGAACACUCUACAUAAGAGAGGCUGUAGAACCGCUACGCCGUUUUACCGCUUCACCCACAGAGAGUUUGGAGGGACAUUGAUGAGGACACAAUCAUGUUGCUGAAGCUGAUCACCGCCUUGCUCGUUUUCACGGUGUUUGGGAACGUAGUGGGGCUGGAUAAUAUCGACCUCCAUGACAGCCCCCCCGAGAAGCCCGCCAGCCAGAAAGGACGCCUCUCCCUCCAGAACACAGCGGAGAUCCAGCACUGUCUGGUGAGCGCGGGGGACGUGGGCUGCGGCGUGUUCGAGUGCUUCGAGAACAACUCGUGUGAGAUCCGGGGUCUGCAGGAGAUCUGCAUGACGUUCCUGCACAACGCCGGAAAGUUUGACUCUCAGGGAAAGUCCUUCAUCAAAGAUGCUCUAAAGUGCAUGGCCCACGGCCUCCGGCACAAGUUCAGCUGCAUCAGCAGGAAGUGUGUGUCCAUCAAGGAGAUGGUGUUCCAGCUGCAGAGGGAGUGCUACCUCAAACACAACCUCUGCUCCGCCGCCAAGGAGAACGUCGCCGUCAUGGUGGAGAUGAUCCACUUCCAGGACCUCUUUCCUAAAGGGCCAUACGUGGAGCUGGUCAACAUCCUUCUGAGCUGCGGCGAGGAGGUGAAAGAGGCGUUGACCCACAGUGUGCGUCUGCAGUGCGAGCAGAACUGGGGCGCCCUGUGCGACAGCCUGAGCCUCUGCUCCCCCCUGAGUCUGCCCCGGCCCCCCCCCGCCGCCGCCGCCGCCCCCGCCGCCGCCCCCGCCUCGGAGCACCGCCGGCAGGCGCCUCCGCCUUCGCACCCCGACCCCAGCCACCCACGCCCGCCUCGGCAAGGGGACAAGGACAAGCCCGGCAAGGGCGGUUUGAACGCCCACCCCCGCAACCGCAGCCAGGGUCCCCGCCGGCAGAGCCCCGAGGCUGGGCUGGUGUCGGAGCUGGAGGCCCCAGGAGCCGGGGACAUCCGGAGGUGAAGAACCCAGGUGCUCCACCUUCCCCCCCCCCCCCCCCCUCCCUGAGCAGAAGGAAGCUACCCUCACACAUCCCUCUCCAGUCAUUCCAGAAGCCCCCCUGGUGGUCAACUUGCAGGGUCCUUGUGGUGUAGCUCGUACCGUUAUGCCAGAUUGCUUUGGUUUUCCGUUCAUGACUGAAUAAUUAUGAUUAUUGUUAGUAUCGUUAACUCGUUUCAAUUGACUAGAAUUACCUUGGCUCUCGUAUAGCGUUUCUUAAAUCCUACCUACUUGCGUAUGAUUUGAUUACAAUUUGUAUUAUUUAUUUUAUCCUUUAUGCAAUGUUGAAAUAUGAAAAAUGUACAUAGAAAUAUACUUAUCUAUAUUUAUAUAAACCUGUAUAAAUACAGUUAACACAUGCAGUACUGAUACGCUAUAUACAGAAUUGUAUAUAAUACCCUGUCCAAUCACACGUCCCAAGCCUGUAGAUAUGUAACAUACAGGGUUAAAUACAAAAUUGUACAGGUUUGAAGUCCAGUUCUGGCACAUAGCAGUAUAUAUAGCCCGGCGUGAGAGUCUAUGGCCAUAAGCGGCCACAAACUUGUAGUAAAGUGUUGAAGUGAAACGGCACUCCAAACAAGAAUGCAUAUAUUAUACAAACGAUAUGCCGUUAUAACUAAGAUUUAACUCGGACACCACUUUCUGAAGCUUCUCCGAAGGCGAGACCAAUUUAGGAGAGACUUAGUAUCCAUCCAAUUUUUUCAACAACCUCUGGUUCGAAAAUGGUUAGUUAUACCAUCAAGAAUAACUCAUCUUUGUGAAAAACAGAAUGUUAAUACACGGUAAUUCAAGCUGACCACCCCUGUGAAAUGAACACUGAGCAGAAAUAUCUUUGGAAACUAUUUUUGUGACGUUGAUGGUUAACUGUUAUUUCACGGUCAUAUUCAAGAGACCGGUCCGUAUAAGCUAUGUGUUUGCUCUUCCUCCUCCUGAUUGCUUGUUAUCAUCCAAUGGCAACACGGAGAGGGUGAGUCAUGGCACCACUAAGACUCCACAGUGAUCCUCGCAUGUCGUCACAUGGCAGCCUCUAUUGUGAACUCUCUAACGCAUAUCAAGGUGCCUAGACAUGGGAUAAGGCGAUUCAUCUGAAGGAGAAACGGGUGAUGGGACGCGAGCAGGAGGGGGGAGGGGUAUGUCUGUCGCUCUCAGCAGGGGUUCGCUGAUUUAGAACUUUUUUUUUUCUUUUUUUCUUUUUUUUUUUUACACACAACGUUUGGCUUCAGAAAUCUUACUUGGGAUGCAUAUCGGUGACAUCUUGGCACAGUGCAAACAAACAGUCAACACACACACACACACACACACACACACACACACACACACACACACACACACACACACACACCUGGUCAAUAAAUAAUUACUCUUGAGUCUUUUCUGUUUGUGCUUGUAUGACAAAUAACCAAGUCCACAUGACCAAAUUUGACUAUUUCCUUCUCCUCUGGCCUGGUUCUGGGGUCUCGGUGCCCGAGAUGCCGCUGGUCUCCAGCUCUCCUCCUUAUUAGCUUGUAUUCCUGCGGAACCAUCUUCCCUCCGACGCGGUCUGGGCUAGACUUGAAGGCAUGCUUGUGUCCCUCUCCCCCCCCCGACCCACCCCUCCACCCCUCCACCCCUCCAGAACCACAGCCCAGCGAAGACCCAGGAAAACUGGGUUAAAUCCACAGACAGCAGCCCAUGGUGCUGUUAUUCUAAAUGUUAUAUUUACCAUGGCCACCAGAGAAUUCCUCUGGUCUGUGGCCAGCGGGCCAGACGCAUAGCGGGCAACAGAAGACACCGGGGAGGCUCACAGCGUUGCUUACUCCACUAACUCUGCGUCCCUUGUCCCAUCAUACGAUUCUCCGUUUCCCCCACCCCCCCUCAUCCCCUUGUUUUUUGGUUCCCGCUUCCAGGCACUUGGCAGCCAUUUGACCAUUUUAGGGCCGUCACAUGCUGUGAAUGUUUUCUAUCUUUGCUCCGCAUGUUGUAGUAGAAGUCACGGUGGUUGCUGAGACUAAAUGCGGAGACUAGUUUACAUGUUCUGGCUCCUCUUGAAGGGGGUCCUAGUUGUACUUUCUUAAAGAGGACAUCUGUCCUAAGCUUUUUACUAUACGUGCCCCGAUCGAGUGAGAGACUUUUUUCUGAGUGUGGGAGAGGUUUUGAGGGUGGCGGUGAUUCGGGGCGGGGGAGUCAUUACCAAUGUUUUUUUUUUUUUUUUUUUUUUUUUUUAACUUUCUGAUGGCUACUUCUUCUUUCUUUCUUUUCCUUUUAAACUGUUGGAUGUUGGGGUAAUCCCCAGGAUUUAUGAAACAUAAGCUAAUCGUUUUGAGAAUGUACUGUAAGUUUGUAAAUUCACAAUUGUUUUAGGUUUGCAUUAAUAGGUUUGAUAUUGGCUCUUGUAAUAUCCUGAUUUUUUUUUUUUCUUGUUUUGUUUUCCUAGGGAAAUAAAUGAACAUGUCUCUCGCCCGUCCGUUGUUGUUAGCUCUCCAUCUCUGCUUCUCUCCUUCUUUUCCCUCUCUUUUAUUUGAAUCUUUAUUGAAUGUGUAGUCCGACAUAAUGUGCUCUCUACGUGGUCCUGAAGUCACACUAAGACCAGGGGCCCAAAUGAUCAUAAACUCUUUAAGGACUUAAUGGCGAGUUCAUUUGUAUCUCUUGUUAUCAUUAAAACAUUAGUUUUUUCUUUUGGCCUGUAAUUUCAUUUGUUUUUGUUUUCCUUUGAAUGUGUUAUUGUAAGCACCAGUGGUAAAAAACCAAGUACCGAUAUUUGUAACAGAAUAAUAAAAACUACGUGGGUAGUAUUUACCCUUCA